AUGUUUGGGCAUUGGGUAUUUGAAGAUUUGGUUAAUUAUGGGUUGGGGGUAGUGAAAGUUCUAGGAUGGAUGGUUGGAGUACGGACUGUUCUGGCUGUGUUGGGGGGAUUGAGUAUGCAAGGUGUGCGUUGGGUGGUGAAUCGGCGGAUUUUAAGGGCUAAGCAAGGACGGUGGGCGAUAAUUACGGGGGCGACGGAUGGAAUUGGGUUAGGGAUAGCUCGGGAGAUGGCUCGGGUAGGGAUUAAUUUAGUCCUGAUUAGUCGGACGGAAGCUAAACUUAAGGAAGUAGCUAAGGAGUUAAGUAAGUUGGUGGAGGUUAAGAUAGUAGUGAUUGACUUUACGAUGGAGGUAGAUUUUAGUCGGGCUUUAAGUGGGGUCCGUGGCCUGGAGAUUGAUAUUUUAGUGAAUAAUGUAGGUAUUAAUGGGAGUAAACCUAUGUUGUAUACUGAACAUAGUUUAGGGAGUGAGCGGGAUAUUAUAGAGGUUAAUUUAGUGAAUACAUUGAAGAUUACGCGGGAGUAUAUUUCUUGGGAGAGUACGCCGCGGAGUAAGAAGUAUGUUUUGAGUGUAGGUUCAAUGUUAGGCUGGAUGCCUAGUCCGUACCAGCAGAUUUAUGCGGGAACAAAGGCCUUCUUGCAACUAUGGUCUGAAAGUGUGCAGGCGGAAGGAAGUAAUUACCACUUUGAAGUUUUAAUGACCGGAUUGGUUUGUAGUAAGUUAUCGGGGGCUAAACGGCCGGGUUUCUUUGUACCAUCUGCUGAUACGUAUGGCCGGUGUUGUGUUCAUGCGUUUGGUGCGGCUGCAGUUACUUAUGCUUACAUUCCGCAUGCGAUUCAGGCGUAUGUCCUUGGGCUGUUACCACGGGCCGUGAUUGGUUUGGCUUCCAAUCGAGUUGCCCAUAUCAUGCGGGCUAAACUGCAAGCCCGGGAAGACCGGGCCAAGAAGGCCAGUUAA